AUGGCCACCAAAGCAGAACAGCAGGUUGCGCUCUUGAAGCAAUUGGAGCAGCAUUUCGAACGCCAGGAUAAUGUCAACUCAAAUGCACUAGCCAGCGAGCUAAACUGGGAACAUUCUGCAGUUGUGGGUAUUUUGAAGUCGUUGGAGAUGAUGGGGAAGAUUGAGACGGAGGCGCAAUUGCACGUGGAGUACGCGUUGACGGAGGAGGGUGAGGAGAUUUUGCGGGAAGGGUCGCCGGAGGUGCGGCUGAUGAAUAUGUUGCCGAAGCAGGUGGAUUCGAUCAAAGAGGACCCUGUAUUGGCUCGCGGUAUGGCGCAGUGUUUAAAGAACAAAUGGGCGGUAAAAAAAGGGGACUUAUUGGAGGUUAUGUCAAUGCCGUUGGGUGACCCGUUGCAGACGGCAUUGCAGGGAGUGAAGAGUGGUGCAGUACCGACGGACGCUGCAGGUUUGCAGAAGCGGAAGAUGGUGGUGAAGAGUUCGGUGACGUACUUUGUACCGCGGCCUACGGCCUUGUUCAGUACGGAGUUAGCGAAGCAGUUGGUGGAUCUGGACCGGAGUAUCCUGCAGACGGGUGAGUGGCGAGGGGCAGAGUUCAAGCCAUACAAUUUCAACGCAGCAGGAAUUGCGCCUUGCUUUGGUAGCAUCCAUCCGCUGAUUAAGACCAUGAACAUGUUCCGGCAGAUUCUGCAGCAAAUGAAUUUCGAGGAGAUGGACACCAGACGCUGGGUGGAGUCUUCGUUCUGGAACUUCGACGCGCUCUUCCAGCCCCAAACGCACCCGGUGCGCGAUGCGCACGACACUUUUUUCCUGAAGCACCCGGCAAGAUCGAUGGACGUGGCCGAGCAAGUAGCUCUGCACGAGCAGCUGGUCUCGGAAGGGAAGGCUUUGGAUGGACCUAGAGCGCUGGACAAUAUCAGCGAGGCCACUCAUCUCAUGGAUCAGACGUACUUCGAACGCGUGAAAGAGAUCCACGAAUCGGGCGACCAUGAAAGCCACGGCUGGCAGUUCCCGUGGGAUGCGGAAGAGUCGUAUAAACUAAUUUUGAGGACACAUACAACCGCAGUUACAAGCCGCAUUCUCCGGCACCUGGCCAUGGAAUACCAGAAGAACCCUGACGUCAAAAUUGACCGACGUUUCUUCUCCAUAGAUCGCGUCUUCCGUAACGAAACUCUCGAUGCAACACACUUAGCGGAGUUCCAUCAAAUUGAAGGCAUCGUAGCAUCCACAACCGCUUCCUUAUCUGAGCUCAUGGGAAUCAUUAAAACAUUCUUCGCCAAAAUCGGCAUUAAUGAUGUCGAAUUCAAGCCGGCAUAUAAUCCAUAUACUGAGCCAUCUAUGGAAAUAUUUGGUUUCCAUCCAACUUUGAACAAAUGGACUGAAAUUGGUAACUCUGGAGUUUUCAGACCAGAAAUGCUCCGACCAAUGGGGCUCCCUGAAGAUUUGGUUGUUCUCGGUUGGGGUCUGAGCCUUGAGAGACCCACAAUGAUCAACUACAAUGUAAAAGAUAUUCGUGAACUUAUUGGUCCGAAGGCCAAACUGAGCGUUUUUUAA